ACCCAAUUUCAAUCGCGCCCUUUUCGUUUUUGGCGGGUGAAACAAAGGGCAUUCUCGUCAUUUCACUUCCCCCGCCGCUAGGGUUUUUCCCCGACUACUCUCUUAUAAUCGGCCACGGCUGCUUCUCUGUCGGUUCACUCUCUCUCUCUCUGCGCAUUUCAGUCUCAGCAAACUCUCUCUCUCUCUCUCUGAUUUGCUUGUGUUUAGGGAAGUUCAUAGUCUACUCUGUUUUGCUAUUCUGGGUCUUGCUUUCUUUUGCUUCAAAUUCAGAUCUCUAUGCUUUUUUCUGAGUCUUAACAUUGCUUGAUAAAGGCCUGUUAGUGAUUUCAAUAGGUCUGCUCUUAUCUGGGUUUGAUUUGUUUUUAGGGAUUGCAGAGUCACUGAGUGUGUACUAUCAUUAUCACUCACUCAAUCGAUCAAUUUCAUCUGGGUUUUCGUUUUCAGUUCAAAAUAGCCCAUUCAAAUGGUGGAUCUGAGUGACAAAGGAUCAGAGUCAGAAGACAUGAGUAGCAAAACCCUAGAUAGGGUUAAGACCUGUGCUGAUUGUGGAACCACCAAAACCCCUCUCUGGAGAGGCGGUCCAGCUGGCCCUAAGUCACUGUGCAAUGCUUGUGGGAUCAGAAGCAGGAAGAAGAGGGGAGCACUUCUGGGUCUGAACAAAGCUUCAACAGAGGACAAGAAAUCGAAGAGAACAAGUAGUGGUAAUAGUAGUAGUGAUAGUGGAAGUAGUGGUAGUGGAAGUAGUAGUAGUAGUGGCAAUAAUGGUAAAUUGGGAGAUUCUCUGAGGAGGAAGCUGUUGGCUCUUGGGAGAGAGGUGGUGGUGCAGAGGUCGGCGGCCACGGCGGAGAAGCGGCGGAGGAAGUUGGGAGAGGAGGAGCAAGCGGCUGUGCUGUUGAUGGCUUUGUCUUGUGGCUCUGUUUUUGCGUAGUUUCUUUUUUUUUUUUUUAAUAUAUAUAUAUAGUAUUUUAGGGUUAGUAAAAAAAAAAAUUGAAGAUCAAGAAUAUUGUAAGUGUAUCUUCCUGUAAUCUUUUUUAAGUGAAUUUUGUUGUUUUUCACUUAAUGUUCACAAUUUGGUUUUAUUUUAUCAUUAUUGUCUACUAUGUUCUUGAGAAAUGGAUGAGCUGUUGAAAGUAA